UGAGAUGGGAAGUUAAAAUCUCACCAACAUCCCACAAUUCUUCUUUGAAAAAACAAAUACCAAAAGGAAAAAGGAGGAGUAUAAAGCAGCUUCAACCUUUGUGGCUCUGUGUGACUGUGCAUGUACUGUGUUGGCAAUAUAAUAAUAUUGCUAUUGGCUUGCUUAGCAGCAAAGCGCUCUUCAGUCGUUGGCUCGUUGACUCUGAGACUGGAGGGCCAGCAUGUCAAUUUUUCUUGAAGUCUUGAAAUGCCUUCUUUGUUGUGAAGAUGAGCAUGAGAAUUAUCAUGGUUCUUACAAUCAAAUUCCCAGACAAACCAGUUUCCAUCAUAAUGAUUAUGAAUAUCGAACUCCCCGUAGAAACUACUCGCCACCGCUGACUUCUACUAAUCAAUCUCCAGCCUUGUAUAACUAUAAACCCCCAUCACCUCCACCUCAAGCACCUAAAUCUCCUUUUAGUUCUUCUUCAUCAUCCCCUAAGCCUCCAACAUCUUCAUCGAAACCGCAGCAAUCAUCUUCUCCAUCUCCUAAUUUCCCAACAUCUUUAUCUAAAACACAACCAUCUUCUUCUUUUUAUCCAUAUUCAACAUUCCCUGAGCCCCCAUCAUCUUCAUCUAAGCCGCCUCAAUCAACUUUUGUUAAUCCAUCUUCAUAUAAACCACUACAAUCCUCUGUCAAUGCAUCUUCAUUUACUCGUGAAUUCCUAACAAUUGUAUUUAAAUCACAAGAAUCUUCUUCUGUUGAUCAGCCUUCAGCAUUACCUAAACCCCCAACAUCUUCAUCUAAGCUGCCCCAAUCCACUCUUAUUAGUACAUCUUCACCAUCCCUUCAAUUCCAAACACCUUCAUCUAGACCAUCUCCUCCUAAACUGUCUACAGCCUCCUCUAAACCACCUCAGGCUUCAUCAAAAUCACAUUCAUCAUCACCAAAUCCUCCAACAUCUUCAAAACCAUCUCCAUCCUCAGGAUCGCUGGUGUCUUCCACUAAGCUCCCUCCAAUCUUCAAGCAAGUUCUAUCCCCCGCCUGCCCGAGUGUAAUAAAUCAAAAGGUGAAGAAAAAUUAUGUGUGGGUCGAAAAGGAUCCAUUACCUAUAUUUCUGAUUCCGGAGGAUAUCAAAGAUUUGAUCAAGAAUGACAUUGUGCCCAAUGUUCUAAACCAGCCCCUGUCUCCCGCAACAUAUAAGGAUUACUUUGCCGCUCUGUUAUAUGCUGAAGAGUUCUACCAUGAGAAAUGGGCAGAUUUCAAUAUGAAGAAUGUGACACUGAAGUUGCAUGAAGCAGCAGUUUAUAAAUAUCUAGAGAAGGAAGAGAAAACCUUCAUAGAAUUUGAGAUUGAUUCUGUUCCUGAAAAGAGGCCAUUCCUUUUGUCAAGGGAUAUAGUCUAUGUACGACCAUCGGGUACGAAUGUUGACCAAUUUCAGGGCAUUAUAUACCGCAUUAUUAGGAGCAGUCUUGUAUUAGUGGAAUUUGAAGAUGAAUUUUAUGCUCAUCAUGAUUCAACCCAAAAAUAUGAUGUGAGCUUCUCAUUCAAUAGAGUCUGUUUGAAAAGAGCUCACAAAGCAGUUCAAACUGCAUCAGAUGCUUUAUUUAAGAACUUCCUCUUUCCCGAUUGUGUUUCUCGUACGAGCAUCCCCACUGCACCAGCGCUGCUUUCUACCCAUCCGGAUAAGUUAUCUGCAGUUCGUCGUAUUUUAAGCAUUCGGGGCUCACCGCCUUACCUAGUAGCUGGCUCGACAACUCGAGGGGUUGUUACUGAAGCAGUACGCCAGUUAUGUCAAACCUCACCAGAGAAUAAGUUUCUUAUAUGUGCUCCUAGUAACCGCUGUUGUGAUGAGAUUAUGAGAAGCUUGUUGAAAGUGAUUCCAGAGACAGAUAUGUUUCGAGCCAAUGCUGCAUUUCGCGAGAAACAUGAGGUGCCUGAUGACAUCCUCCCAUCAUGCCGUUACAAAGAGACUUAUUUCUCUUGUCCUCCAACAGAGGAACUCCGAGAGACUUAUUUCUCUUGUCCUCCAACAGAGGAACUCCGAGAAUUUAGGGUGAUUUUCUCGACUUACAUAAGUAGCUUUCGGCUGCAUGAUAAAGGCCUAACCGCUGGACAUUUUAGUCAUAUUUUUCUGGUGGAUGCUUCAUCUGCCAUUGAGCCGGAAACAGCAGUGGCCUUAACUAAUUUUGCAGAAAAAAGUACUACUGUUAUAGUCACUGGUCAACCAGGAGAUCGUUCGCGUUGGGUUCGCGCAGACAUGGCAAGGGAAAGGGGGCUGAAGAUUUCAUACUUCGAGAGACUUUUCAAGUCAAGGCCAUAUAGAAGCCUCAAUCCAAUGCUUAUCACACAUUUGGACCAAUAGCACGAGCCAGAAUCAGCAACACCUACAGGCUUUUGCAUUAAGCUUAAAACCCUUUGCAUAAUUGCACGAAACAUUUGCCUGUUUGCUGUUUAAAUUUCUUGGUUCAUAAGCCACAACCUAAGAUAUUAGGGUGACUGUUUUGUUGUAAGUAGCCUUCUGUAAAGUGUGGUGAUUGCUUUUAAUUGUGACUGUUUUCUUGUCAGAUUAUUAACCACCCUCCUCGGUUACCUUACCUCAUCAUCCUGCAUUUCCAGAUC